UAUACGUACCAGAAACAAAAAAAUAAAAAGAAAACAAGCUAACCUCUCUCAGAUCCCAAUUAACACCAAUAAUAUCGCCAACAGAACCCAACGUCUACUAAUUCCAUUUCUUUAAACAAACAAACUUUCAUUUCAAACAAAACAAACAGAUCCAAUCUUAUCUUAUCACUGCUAUUAAUCCUCGCCAUCAAAAACAAUCGAAGAAUCUUUAUCGCUUAAUAAUAUAUAUCCUCCCUCUACUCUGUUUUUCUAUUUUUUUCCCUCUCCGUCCGACCCAAAAUUGAUUAGGAUUCCUUAAAUAACCCACUAUUUUCUCAAAUUUUAUUUAUUGUUUUCGCCUUGUUAUUAAGUAGGCCUACCCGUUUGAUUCGCAACCGGAAUCAUGGGCUUUUUGUUUCAUCCGACGGUCAUCAUUCCUUGUUCAUCGUUUUGCUAUUUGGAAGCGUUUCUCAUCAGAUUUUGAACGUCGGACUUAGGUUUGUCAUAGGCCAGGGUUUUGUAUAGCUUUUUGAUUUUUUUUUGGGGGGGAAAUUAAGAGGAGGAAGAUGAGGGUGGCUAAGUCUCAGGUAUGGCAACCUUGCAAGAAGAAGAGGUCGUGAUCGCGGAGGUUUUAGAGGGAGAAAGAAGAAAGGGAUUUUAGAGAGAGAGAGAGAGAGAAAGAAGCUCAAGGAGGGAAAGGUUUUAGGGGAGUGUUGGGAGGAGGAAGAUGUCGCGGACGAGCAGCAGCAACAAUGGUGGCGGCGGCGGCGGCGGUAGCAGGACGCGGGUGGGGAAGUACGAGCUUGGGCGGACGCUGGGGGAGGGCAAUUUCGCCAAGGUCAAGUUCGCUCGGAACGUGGAGACCAAUGAUAACGUCGCCAUCAAAAUCCUCGACAAAGACAAACUUCUCAAGCACAAGAUGAUCGGCCAGAUCAAGCGUGAAAUAUCAACAAUGAAACUAAUUAGACAUCCAAAUGUCAUCCGUAUGUAUGAGGUGAUGGCUAGCAAGACAAAAAUAUAUAUUGUUUUGGAAUUUGUUACUGGCGGAGAGUUGUUUGACAAAAUUGCAAGCAAAGGAAGACUGAAAGAAGAUGAAGCAAGAAAGUAUUUUCAACAGCUUAUAUGUGCAGUGGAUUACUGUCACAGCAGAGGUGUUUGUCAUAGGGACCUAAAGCCGGAGAAUUUGCUGCUGGAUGCUAAUGGCACCCUUAAAGUUUCAGAUUUUGGAUUGAGUGCACUGCCUCAGCAAGUUCGAGAGGAUGGUCUACUUCACACAACAUGUGGAACACCAAAUUACGUUGCUCCUGAGGUGAUCAACAACAAAGGGUAUGAUGGAGCAAAGGCUGAUCUAUGGUCAUGCGGUGUUAUUCUUUUUGUCUUAAUGGCUGGUUACUUGCCUUUUGAAGAAUCUAACCUCAUGGCAUUAUAUAAAAAGAUAUUCAAGGCCGACUUCACCUGUCCUCCAUGGUUUUCCACAAGUGCUAAAAAGUUGAUUAAAAGAAUAUUGGACCCUAACCCUGAAACGCGAAUUACAAUUGCUGAGGUCAUUGAGAAUGAGUGGUUUAAGAAAGGAUAUAAGCCACCUAGAUUCGAACAAACUGAUAUUAACCUUGAUGAUGUGGACGCUAUCUUCAAUGAAUCAGUGGAUUCUAGAAACCUUGUCGUGGAGAGGCGAGAAGAAGGUUCUGUGGCACCUGUCACUAUGAAUGCCUUUGAGCUUAUCUCUAAAUCUCAAGGCCUGAACCUUAGUUCUCUUUUUGAAAAGCAAAUGGGGCUUGUUAAACGAGAGACGAGAUUCACGUCCAAAUGCCCUGCCAAUGAGAUAAUAUCGAAGAUUGAGGAAACUGCAGCACCUUUGGGUUUUGAUGUAAAGAAAAAUAACUUCAAGAUGAAGCUGCAGGGGGAAAAAACUGGGCGUAAAGGCCAUUUAUCUGUUGCAACAGAGAUUUUUGAGGUGGCCCCUUCACUCUACAUGGUUGAACUCCGCAAAUCUGGUGGAGAUACUCUGGAAUUUCACAAGUUCUACAAAAACCUCUCUACUGGGCUGAAAGAUAUCGUCUGGAAAACAACAGAUGAAUCCAAGGAAGAAGUCAACGAUGUUCCUGGUGUUGUGCCAUCUAAGUAAAACUGCAGUGAGGAGGCAUCUUUUUUUGGGUUUGAAGUGUUGUAUAUGUUUUGCUAUCUUGAAUUCUACUCUAAAACGCCUUAGAGACGCACUAAAAUCUUCGUGGUAUUGUUUGUUUGGCUCAGACAUUGAUUGUACUAUAAAGCCUUGCUCUUUGUUGGGGAAAACUGGAAGGAACAAGGAAAAAAAAAAAAAAAAUUGUAUGGUUAUAAAUAAAAAUAGUUUCUUCUGUCGAAAAAUAUUUGCCUGUUUGCUCCUAAUUUUCAGCCUAAAACAGGUUGGAUGAGAAAAAAAAAAAAAAAAUUUGUAUGGUUAUAAAUAAAAAGUAGUAUCUUUUGUCUAAAA